AUUCAUAUCAGUUUCAUCGGCGUCAAGAUCAGUCUCCGUUCCUGGUAAUUGGACUUUUCAAACCCUCUCCGUCUCCAUUCUCGUUCGAUCAGCAGCAACAUCCAUUUUACCCUCUUUAAUCAUUCAUCUCCAGGUUAUCAAACCUAAGAUUUCCAAGAUUUCACUUCAAUUUUAGAGCUUUACGUGACCCACCAUUCUUCUUCUUCAAUCAGCCUUUACAGCGUAAAGUUCCAGCUUCUAAAUUUCAGUUUGUUGCUUUCAAUCAAAUUCUUGUUCUGAAAGGUACGUGGAUCAUUAAACAAAUACAGCAUACCGUAAGAUGCGGAACCUGUCGCACAAACCCAGUUCAGUUCCAAUGUUGGAUUCAGCCACCUGAAUUCAGAUUUCAAACGAAUCUGUGGGGGAUGGAAAGAAGUGGGAUUUAUGCCGUAAUACUUCUCCUUUUAUACUUUUGUUGCGAUCUAUCAUCUGCCUGGAGUUUUAGGAAUUUAAUUGAUACAGGAUCAAAAGAGAACCCCCCUACAAAAAACGUUUCUCCCCUGCCUAGUCCUGUAUCCAAUGGGAAUCAAACGAACACAACCUCAGCUGAUGGAGAUAAGCCUAUACCAAAGCCAAUAAAGGAUACGCCAAUAGUGGAUCAAGAUCCAAAAUUGACUAACCAAACUGUUAAUAGUACAGAAACUCAUGCUACUCCUGAGCCAACAAUAGAUGAGAAGGAGAAUAAUAAUAAUAAUAAAGACAAGGGUAAUACUCCAAGUUCGGGAUCUGGCGAGUCUUGCAAUGACCAAACCAAGUCUUGCAAGAGCGGCGCAAUGGUUGCGUGUCUUCAAGGUUUAGACAAUGGUACUAAACAUAUAGUGAUUAUGAUUCAAAAUGAAGGAGAAGUUACUUUGAAAGUGAAGGUUAAGCAACCUACUUCAGAACAUACAAUUAAUCCAGUUACUGUGGAUGGGCACCAAACAGGAAAGAUUGAUAUACCUAUGAGUAAUGAUGAAACGAUCCAAAAAGUAAUAUUAGAUGCUGGAAAUGGGGAUUGUGAGUUAAUAAACAAUGGCGGUGUUCCUGAAACAAGAAAAGAAGAACUGUUGCAGCAGCUUCAGUUUUAUUAUGAGCAAAUGACGCCAAUCUAUGGUGCGUAUAUGUUCUUCGCAGUAGCGAUGAUUGUGGGUGGGAUAUGGAGUUGCUGCAAAUUCAUUAGGAAAAGAAGACAAGAAGGAGGAAUAGCUUAUCAGGAACUUGAAAUGGCUGCUUUGCCAGAAACUGAUUCGAAUGUUGCUGUUGGAAGUGUUGCUGCUGCAGGUGAUUGGGACGAGGAUUGGGAUGAUGAUUGGGAUGAAGAGAAUGCGGUUAAAUCUCCAGUUGUAAGUAUUUCAUCAAACGGGCUUACUGCUCGGUCUUCUAAUAGAAAUGGUUGGGAAAAAGAUUGGGAUGAUUAAUAACCUUCUAAUAUACUCCCAAUAUAUGUUUAUCGUGGAUUCUCUCAACUUGAAUCAAUCAAUGUGCUUUCAGUAGGAAUUGAAUUUGAGAUUACAAUCUCUAAGUUCACUACUCUUACAAGUUAUACAUAGGUCGAUAUGGUGUUUUUUUUUUUUUGGAUAUCUCUCUUUUGUUAUUUGCAUUAAAUUGUGUAAUUAAUUACUAACAAUUUUGGCUGGACUUCAUGAGAAUGUUACAUUCAAAAUUCAAGAAAAUUGUCAUUUGUUUAGUCUUA